AUGGAAGCUCCCAAACCACUGGAAGAUACGGAUAAUGGCCAUUCUGCUGCUGAUGUAGAUAACGACACACACAAGCACGAGGAACAAGAUCAACACAUCGAGGAGGCUCAAGGAUCAGUCCUUUCCGAGCAUGGCCCAGCACUAUCGUCUUCAUCGUCUUCAAAUCAACCAUCGUACAGACCUGCUGGUAUAUCGAAAUCAUCAAAAUUGUCUGCCCUGCAUUCCAUAUUUACAGAUGACCAGAGGCUCGCCUAUGUAAUGUUGACACUCUUCACGAUAAAGAAUACCAAGAAUAGUCUGUAUGAAGCUGAAACUACUGUCCGAAAGCCGCUACAGAGAGCUGCUGCAAGCUACGAUCAAUGGAGUGAACGACUUGUAACGAGGUUGUUUCUCUACCUGGGCAUGCCGCCUGAAGAAGAGAAAUUAAUGAGGACUAUAUAUGACCGUGAUGAAGAUGAACGUCUACCAACUGAUAUCGCAUCGCCGUUACUGCUCGAUGCAGAAACUGCUGCUGAAACUGCCGAGCGAAACGCACUCCAAAAACAGGCUCUUGAGCAGGCUGCGCUUGAUGAAGGUAUAGCUCCACCCAACCUCGCUGAUGGCACAGACUCGUCUUCGGAUAUAGAACAUCCUGUAGAUAUCAGAUUCACCAUCCUAUCGCAUCUGUAUGUAAUCAGCAUCUCAGAUGGAAUCUACGACUCGCGAUCUCGCCAUCUCCUGAAAACCGUUGCCAAGUAUUUAAAUAUUGAUGAUACCACUGUUGGUAAACUAGAGUUUGCUAUAUCUGAAGAGUUAAGGCUGUCAGAGGGUAUGAGUGAUGUCGUCGAGUCUUCAUCGAUUAAAAAUGAACAUAAUAAUAGAGGGCAGGGUAGAAGGUGGAUGCUUAUGGGACUCGCUACGGUGGCUGGCUCCACUAUUAUUGGUCUUACGGCUGGUCUGGCUGCUCCAUUGAUUGGUGCUGGUAUUGGGCUGGCACUCUCUGGUGUUGGUGUAGCGGGAGGUACAGCUGUUGGUGGAUUUCUUGCCAGCACAACUGGUAUAGCACUCAUUGCAACUUCGGGUGUAUUGACUGGAGGUGGCAUGGCAGGAAUGAAAAUGCUCAAAAGAACCAGAGGUGUAGCUGAGUUCGAAUUCCAAAACUACGAUGACUCUUGUACAAUGUAUGAAUCAGAACGAGAGAAACGACGUCAAAAGAGACAGAAACGUAAACCUGCUGACGCCACGUCACCCACUACAACCAACAAUGCCUCUUCCUCCAACAUUAUAAAUCCAAAUGCAUCAACAGCAUCAAAUGAUGGAAAAUCUAUCGAGACUGGUGCCACUGCUGUAAACUCACCAAUACCACAAUCUGGAUCAGUCGAAUCUCUACCAUCUGGAGCCGAAGUAGACGAUGACAACUGGGAUACCACUACAGUAGCAGAAUCCACUCUAGAUGUCGAACAGCAGCCGCAAAUAACCUUUUCGCAUGCCAAACAAGAUAAUCGACCAAAGCAAACGAAUGUGCUUAUUACCAUUUCUGGUUGGAUUGCUCGAGGCAAGGAUGAUCAUGCUUUGCCAUUCUUGUCUAUAGAGCAGGGUAUUCAUGGUGAUCAGUAUGCUUUAAUAUGGGAGUCAAAAGAGUUGUUGGCUUUACAUAGUGCAUUGUCGCUGUUUGUGUCAGAGACUGCUGGUUUCAUUCUCCAGCAGACUCUGCAGGCUACUUUGCUGCCAGUGUUGAUGGCGGGUUUGACUGGUCCUUUGUGGCUGCUGAAAUUGACGUAUCUCAUGGACAAUCCAUGGGGCAUUGCAAUGUCCAAAGCGUCGAAGGCUGGAAAGGUCUUGGCCGACACUCUGAUUCUUCAAGUACAAGAGAAUCGACCAGUUACUUUGGUCGGAUUCUCACUUGGUGCACGUCUGAUAUUUGAGUGCUUGCUAGAAUUGGCAGAACGUGGUGCCCAUGGACUUGUUGAAGAAGCCUAUAUAUUUGGGGCUCCUUUGAUGGCCACAACAAAGGAAUGGGAUGCAGCUGCCAGUGUCGUCUCUGGACGUAUAGUAAACGGAUAUUUGCAAAAGGAUUGGGUCCUCGGAGUCUUGUAUCGCGCUUCCACCGCAGCGUGGAAGGACGUUGCAGGUCUAGGACCAGCACCAACGCAUCUCCACAAUGUCGAAUCCGUCCCAUUAGACGAUAUAGUGGCAUCCCAUCUAGAAUAUCGUGUCAAACUACCAGACGUGUUGAGGCAUGUCGGGUUCCAUGUCACAGGCAACAAAUUUGAAGAGGAAGAUGAGGAAGAAAAGGAUGAACGACAACGAGAAGAAGAAGAGAAAGCCCGUAAGCGAGAAGAAGCUCUAAAAGCCAGAACGGAUAUAGCUAAAAAGAAGGAAGAAGAACGUGCCAGACGAGAAAAGGAACGAUUAUCGAAGAAAUCGUCCUUUUCAGACAUGUUUGGAUUCUCUAAACAACCUCCGCCACAGGCGUCGACAGACUCUUUAAAUAGGGGGAAGAGAGGGCCUGGAGAAGCAAGUGGAUGGAUGUCUUCUAGAGCCGCUCCAGUAGUAGGUGGUGCUGUUUCUUCUGAUGGCAGCAGUAGUCCCACGAGCCAGGAUACACCUCGAGCUGUAUCAUCUGGAAGCUGGUUUUCCUUGUCGCGGCCACGUGCUGUCCCAACCAAUAAUAUUAGUAAUAAUAAGAAUGCGACGUCUGCUGAUGCCUCACCGAUAUCAUCAUCACCUAUCAUUACAUCGUCGUCGUCAUCGACUGAACCGCUGGAUGUCGCACCGGAAGGACUAGAGGAGAUGUUGCAGCCUAAAGAGAUACCAAGUACAUUACCACCACUUGUAUUGAAUCUGGAUUCUCCUUCACCGCCUAGUGAAGUCAGUGCAAUCAGUAGUGGUGGGAAUGUGACGCCACCGUAUGUCAAGAAUAUGGGGCAUGAGUGGGAGUCGCAGGAUUUGUAG